AUGUCUUCCUCCUAUCUUAGCAAGCAGACGAAGCUCUUCAAAAGCGAUGUGACUGCAGCUGCCGGCGGCGUCAGUAGUGCCAAACGCGCACCGGUCGUCAAGCAGCUCGCAUCUGUCCCCUCUCCAGCACCUUCCAAUACGUCUGUCACCUCGAAAUCCGAAAAAGACAACAAGCGCAAGCGCGAAGCAUCUACACCGGUUCCUGCGAAUACUGUCUACUCCCAACCUGAGAAGACAGGCUACGGCACAGAAGCCUUCACGCAAGUGACCUAUGUCAUCGACUUCCUCAAGAACAAGGACGAGCCCAAGACCUUCCACGAGAUUCUACAAUACCUCAGUCAGCACAAUGCCGAUGAGGGCCAAAAGAAAUUGAUUGCGCAAAUUCUUAGGCGACAUCAGCGAGUCACCUUCACACCCGACCCAAACGAUGCGAGCUGGCAUGCUGGCCAUUUUUCCCACAAACCUUUAAUCAAUGUUCGAAACAAGACCGAUCUGAUUGCCUAUCUACAAAAGAAGGCUGAUGCUCAGGGGGUGCUUGUCAAGGAACUCAAGGAUGGAUGGCCAGAUUGCGAGGAGGCUAUCAAUGAAUUGGAGGCUGAAAAUAGAAUUCUGGUUACCAGAACGAAGAAGGAUAAUCACGCACGCAUGGUCUGGAGCAAUGACCCGUCUCUCGUUCAUGCUGUUGAUCAUGAAUUCCAAGUGAUGUGGCACCAGGUGCAGUUACCCUCGGUCGAUGACACCGUUCGGUCACUCAUCAACGCAAAGCAAAAGCCAGCCAGCGAGGAUCCCAGCAAGCGUGCUCCCAAAGCUACAAAAGCAAAGGAGAAGAAGAAGAAAGCUCAACGAAAGGGUGGUAAAGUUACAAAUACACAUAUGGCUCACUUGCUUGUUGACUACAAGGACAAGUACCACAAGUAA